AUGAAAAUUAUUAGCUGGAAUGCGCGUGGUCUGGGGAAUCCUAGCGCAUUCAGACAACUUCGUUUGCUUGUUCAACAGCAAACUCCUCAUGUUUUAUUUCUUAUGGAAACAAAGUUAGCUUGUAAUGUAGUUUCUCGUUUUCGUCAAUCUUUAAAGUUUAAUAAUGGACUAAAAGUCCCUAGAGUAGGCUUAAGUGGGGGUCUUAUGUUAUUAUGGAAAGACAAUGUUGAUGUAACUCUUCUUAAUUUUAAUGCAAAUCUCUUUGAUUGUUACAUGAAGUGUGACACUGGGCCAACUUGGCAUUUCUCUGCUUUCUAUGGAGCACCUGAAACUCAAAACCGAAUUCACACUUGGACACUUCUUGAGCGUUGCAAAGAUGUUGCACCUUUGAUGCCUUGGUUGGUGAUAGGUGAUUUUAAUGAAAUCCUAUCCAAUCAAAAUAAACUUGGUGGUGCCUUACGAAGCGAAGCGCAAAUGGACAAGUUUCGGAAUGUUUUAGAUUCUUGUUAUCUUUAUGAACAACCAUAUGAGGGGGACCCGUACACGUGGAUAAAAGGAAGGCUUAAUACUAAUGCUACUAAGGAGAGACUUGACUGGUGUUUUGUUAAUGAUCAAUGGCAACAAAGCUUCAAGCAAAUAACAACACACCAUCUUGAUUAUUUCAAGUCAGAUCAUAGAGCAUUGUCUGUCAUUGUCCUCCCAUUAGAAGACCAAUUGCCCAACAAUCCAAGACGAUCUCAGUUCAGGUUCGAGAAGCUUUGGCUUUCUGACCCUGCUGCUGCUGCAAUAAUUCAAAAAGAAUGGAAAAAAAACCUGCCAGGCACUUCGGUUGAGAACUUCUGCAGUAACAUUACAUCAUGUGCCAACUCUUUGCAACUUUGGCACACCCACAAGUAUGGUAAUAUGAAAAAAAAAGAUCAAAGAAGUUCAUAA